GGAUGGAGUCGGUUGGAAUGGAUUUUAUGAAGGCUGAAGAAAAAGUUGUUCGACUACGAAAAUAUUUGAAAGACUUGCAAUUGGAUGCUUUUAUAAUACCCAGCGAAGACGCUCAUCAAAGCGAGUAUGUCGCCAACUGUGAUCAAAGACGUCAGUUUAUUUCAGAUUUCACGGGUUCUGCUGGCUUCGCAGUCGUUACUCAACAAGAAGCACUGUUAUGGACAGAUGGAAGAUAUUUCUUGCAAGCAGAGAAAGAGUUGGACCCAAAAGUAUGGAAAUUGAUGCGUAUGUUGGAAGACAAAAGUAUGGAAGAUUGGUUGGUGGAUUGCUUUAUUGCAGAGUCUCCACAAACUGUACGAAGUAUUGGAAUGGACGGAAGAUUUAUUUCGGUUGCUUCGUUCAAACGCUUAGAAAGAAUCUUGCAAGAUAAAUGUCCAUCCUGCGCAUCCCUAGUGUUGCUUCCUAUUGGGGAAGAAAACUUGGUAGACAAAGUUUGGGGUAAACAUAAACCUCCCAUUCCAAAGAGUUUGGUAUUUUUACACUCAGAAGAGUAUGCGGGAGAAUCAGUAAAAAGUAAACUAGCAAGAGUUCGUGAGUCAAUGGCAAAGAACCAUUGCAAUCUAUUGAUUGUUUCAGCACUGGAUGAGGUUGCAUGGCUUUUCAAUCUCCGCGGUUCGGAUGUAGAAUAUAAUCCUGUCUUCUUAUCUUACGCUAUUAUUACUGAAACUCAAAGUCUAUUAUUUAUGGAUUCGAGUCGGUUAGAAAAGGAAGCUCAACAGAGUUUAAAAGAACAAAAUAUACAAACUAUUCCAUAUGAAAAUAUCUUUCAAGUGUUGCAAGAGAAAGCUAAAGAUUGCAUAGUUUGGUUGGAUAAAAACAAGGGAAAUAUGGCUCUUUAUCAAGUUUGUCAAAAUGCUCCUUGUAAGAAGAUUGUGGAAAACCCUUGUCCUAUUUCAUGGUUUAAAGCAGUAAAGAAUGAAAAAGAAGUUCAAGGAGCUAAAGAGGCACAUGUAAGAGAUGCAGUAGCUCUCAUUACUUAUUUUGCAUGGUUGGAACAUCAAGUCGUAGUUGAACAGCAAAAACCAACAGAAUGUGAGGCAGCAGACAUAUUAGACUCUUUGAGAAGCAAACAAAGUUUGUUUGUCUCUUUAUCCUUUCCAACUAUUUCUUCAGUUGGAAGCAAUGCAGCUAUCAUUCAUUAUCGACCUAACCCAAAGGAUUGUAAACGAGUGGACAACGAGCAUAUCUAUUUGUGUGAUUCUGGAGGUCAGUAUAGAGAUGGCACUACGGAUGUUACAAGAACGUUGCAUUUUGGUGUUCCAUCGCAAAGAGAAAAAGAAUGUUAUACAAGAGUAUUGAAGAGCCAUAUUCAAAUGGAUACCGCCAUAUUUCCCAAAGGCACGAGUGGAUUAGCUUUGGAUUGUUUGACUAGAGCUCCUUUAUGGAAAGUUGGUUUGGAUUAUCGUCAUGGUACUGGUCAUGGUGUUGGUUCCUUUUUGAACGUUCAUGAAGGACCUCAAAGUAUAAGUUUUCGACCAUCUGCUAGUGAAGUUGCAUUGGAACCUAAUAUGUUGGUAACAGAUGAACCAGGUUAUUAUGAAGAUGGAGUGUUUGGUAUAAGAAUAGAAAAUGUUUUGUUGGUAAAGAGUGUGAAGACUCCCAAUCAGUUUGGAGGAAAGCCUUAUUUUGGUUUUGAACACAUUACUUUUGUUCCUAUGGAAAAUAGACUGAUAGAUUUGAACUUGUUGACUGAUGAAGAACUGGCCUGGAUCAAUCGUUAUCACGAAGAAUGUUGGAACAAAGUAUCACCUCAUUUGAAAGACGAAAAGGCUUUCAAGUGGCUUCAAGAAAAGACAUGUCCCUUGUCUAAAUAAGAGGUUAAGUAAAUUGUGUUGAUUUUGUUGGCAAUCUUGUUACUAUAUUUAGUAACAAUUGAAAGGAACCCAAAAAGUUUUAGUU